AGAUGGACAUUGGAGAGGAGUUCUUGACCUAUUCUAUAAUGAGGAGUCUUCCAUCACAGUUUGAUAAUAUAAGGUCGAGUUUGAAUACUAAGAAAGAAGGUUGUAGUUUGGAGGAAUUGACUACUAUCCUUGUCAAGGAAGAGGAUGAUAUUAAAUUAAGUAAGUCUAGGUCUGUUGCUAUGGUUUCACAUCAGGUAGAUAAGUCCAAGAAGUUUUUCCAAAAGAAGGGACAUGGAUUCAAGCCAGGACAAGGUUUCAAGCCUGGGCAGGGUUUUAACCCCAAUAGGAAGAAGUUUUCUGGUAUGAAGCCUAAAGGACCUAGGGAUGGUGGUUUUCAGAUUAGAGAAAGGAAAGAGUACUUCAAUGGAAGGUGUGGAUACUGCAAUAAAGUUGGGCACAAGAAGAUAGACUGUUGGACCUUAAAGGGAAAGCAAGAGAAGAAAGGGGAUGAUAAGCCGAAGGGGCCCAACCAAUCUUGAGCAGCAUGUUUAUAUGGGAGAUAGCUCAAGAGUGAAGGUGGACAUUGUGGGAACAAUCAAGUUGAAGCUUUCCACUGGAUAUGCUUUGGAGUUGCAAGAAGUUUCUUAUGUACCUUCAAUAAGAAGAAACUUGUUAUCUAUUUCUGUUUUGGAUA